AUGGCGCUUACUAUCGUGUUUUCCCAGCAAAUAACAUCGGUGCAUCACAACUAAAGCGAAAAAAAUACGGGCUACGGACGAAAAUUGUGGAAUUUCACCGAACGCCAACUCAAACGCCGUUUUGUGGUCCAGCCCAUCUGAUAAUUGUUGUUCUAGCGCGCCGCCCCCCAAACCAGCAAAAUAACCAAGUUCAAUAUCCGCCUAGACAACAUAAUGUCGAAGAACAAAAAACUGUCGCUUUCGGGCGGCGAUACGGCGGAGAAAUUCAUUUACAAGCCCAAGGAUUUGAUUUGGGCCAAAAUGAAGGGCUUCACCCCGUGGCCGGGAAUGAUUGUGGAGCCGCCUUUGGAUCUCCUUGCACAACAACGACGUGCAAACACCAAGUGUGUCUUCUUCUUUGGCUCUCGAAACUUUGCAUGGAUCGAGGAAAAUAAUAUCAAGCCCUUCGAGGGUCCUUGGAAGGACGAACUGGCGAAAGUUAGCAAGCCAGCUGCCUUCCGGCAAGCCAUGACUGACAUUGAAAAGUAUAUUGAUGACCCCGCCGAGGUGGACGAGCAGAUAAACGUCAGUUGCGGAGUGCCUAAUCAUGCAACCGAGGCUGACUUUGAUAAGAUCCGCGAUGGUAUCGACGGGGAGGAAAAUGCCGCCGACGAGGCAUCGACUGCAGAUGCCAACAACGGAGUGGUGCCACAUGUUGUGGGGAGCCCCGACGAGGGAGAUUCCGUGGAAAAUAAUGCAGAUUCUUCAGCUUCGCCCUCCGCCGCUGCGACGACGACGCCAGCAACCACAGGGAAGUCCGGUGGGAAGAGGACGCCUAAGGCCAAGUCCGUAUCGGCAGUCUCAGUUAGUAAGGCAGCUAAGGCAUCCGCGUCGAAAGCCGCACAGAAACGACGUGUCUCCGCCCACCAGACACCUACCGGAGCGUCGAGUGCAAAGAGGGGUAGGCGAGUGGCAUCCGGAGAUGUGGCUGGUGACGAUGCAGCCGGCUCCUCGCCCAACGCCCGCCGCCGCGUAGAGACGGAAGCACUGAUGGCAACUAUUGCAGCUAAGCGGGCACCCAAUGCGAUUGCUCUUCUUGACCGUCCGGUGGUGACACGGCCAGAGACACAGGCAAUCGACAUGAACUCACGAUCAAAUACCCUGGCCGACCGCGACAUUGUGCCCUCGGAGCAGACUUUUGGAUUCUUAGGACUUGGAAUGAUGGGAUCUACUAUAGUUAAGGACUUAAUAUACACAGGACACAAAGUGGUCGUCUGGAACCGCACUAUCGACAAGUGUCAGCCUUUCGUGGAAGCUGGAGCCGAGGUUAAAGACACUCCCAUGGACGUGGUUGAGGCAGCUGACGUAAUCUUCUGCUGUGUCUCGGAUCCAAAGGGCGCCAAAGAUCUCGUCUUUGGCAACUGUGGUGUCCUUCAGCUCAAGGAUCUUAACAACAAGGCCUAUGUAGAAAUGUCGACCAUAGAUCCGGAGACCUCAACAGAUAUUGGCGAGGGCAUCAAACAGUGCAAUGGCCGUUAUCUCGAAGCUCAAAUUCACGGUUCGCGCCAGGAGGCCGCCGAUGGCAUGCUUAUUAUUCUGGCUGGUGGCGAUCGUUCCGUUUUCGAGGAGUGCCACUCGUGCUUCAAGACCAUUGCAAAGAAUACGUUCUUCUUGGGGACAGAUGUCGGCAACGCCUGCAAGGUCAAUCUUAUUUUGCAAACAAUUUUGGGCGUGAGUCUGGUCGGAUUGGCCGAGGCGUUAGCAUUAGCUGAUCGUUUCUCGAUUUCAUUAAACGACAUUAUUGAUAUAUUCGAUUUGACUUCAAUGAAAUCACCGCUGCUGUUGGCUAAAGGCAAAGAAAUGGCCAAGGGUGACUUUAAUCCACAGCAGCCCUUGAGCCACAUGCAACGCGACUUGCGCCUGGUGCUGAAUAUGGCCGAGAAUUUGGAUCAAUCAAUGCCCGUCACCAGCAUCACCAACGAGGUGUUCAAGCACACCAAGCGCUUGGGGUACAGUGAACAUGAUUCUAGCGCCGUAUUCGUAAGAUCCAGAUUUUAACAUUUAGUUAACACGACUACCGUUUAAACUAUAUUUUAUCAUUUAGUUUAAAGCGUACACCGAACCGAACCGACACUGACACACUGACUGGCAUACACACUACCAACAGAAACCGUAACUGUAACCUUAACCGUAACCAUAACGCAAAUGCACCCAUACCUAAUCCAUACCCUCCCACCAGUCCCUCGCUGACAGAGGUGUUUUGGCCGCAAUUGCGUUCGAAAACCUAACCAUUGCACGCCCUAAGCAUCCUAUAAUUUUCCACAUCCUUUCACCCACGACCCCAGGGCUACUGCAACGCCGAUCAGAGUUUGAAGCAAGAGUGUGAGCCGAUUCGUAUAGUCGGGGGCUUGUCAUCAGCUCCCGGGGCCCACUCUCCGCCCGCUCUUGACCUGCCUUUGACCACGACAAGAGUCACUAGGACUUCUAUUCAAGAACAAUCAGAAUAAGAAUUGAAAGUUGAAAAUUCUAGUUUCAAGACCUGCCGUAGUUUGCAUGAGUGGUGCAGGAUCAAAGCAAAAGGGCACUCGGCAUUUGUAAAGAUUAUACAAAAUGUUGCUUCCCAAAAAUGUACAUAAAAGUAUGUAUACGCUUACAAAAAUUGUAAAUGCCUGCUUGAGAAUAAAAUGUACAAAAAUAAUUCUUGAGCUAAACUCUGUAAAGUAUCAAAGUGGAGCAAUGUCCAAUUGUAUGUAUGUACGAAUCCAAACAAACAAUUUUAUUAAUUUUCAUGCAUCCGGUAUAUUUUAUAUUAUAUCAGCCCCUUUUGUUCAAUUAUAUAAAUAUUUUUCUAAGAAUAAAGUGUAAGCCAAAUAAAUUAUGCAAAACAUUUCGUCAACUGCGGUAACAAUAGUUUGGGUUAGUACAUUAGACCCACACACAGUAUAUAAGACCGUGGAUCCACAGAACGUAAGACCGACAUUUGAACGGAAAACAAAACAUUAAGAAAUCGACGUAUAUACACAGAAGCAACAAAAACACCCCAGAAGCAAAAACAAAUAGCAUAAAAUUUGAGCGCCGGAAAUGGCGAGGGUCUUUAUUAAUAAUAAUAAUAAGAAUAUAUAAUAAAUAAUAUAUUUUACUUAUUAUUUAGUCUGUAUUUUGUUGUAAAACAAAGAUUAAUAAAAAGAUAAUUUUAAAGAGGA